AUGGCCGCCAUUUAUGCUCGCAUGCGCGUACUUCACUCUGUUCACCACGGAAAUCCUGCGAAGUAUAAUGACAGGCCGUUGUUUGCCGCAGAUGGGUUACUUCCCACGCCUUUGGCUGUUAUGGUUCAGACACUGGGUUUUUUGCAUCCUUCAUUGCUCCCGCAAGACAAGUUUUUCCUGCCAGAUAUUGUGGGUGAGGACCCCCUCGAUAACCAGUUGGCGCCUCCCGGAUUUGACUACGAGAUGUAUGCGGACCAUACUAUUCCCAACCUGCGGCAUAUUGGGAUUGAUUUUUGCAUGGUGGACAACUCGGCCGACAGUCUGGCUGGUUCCUACUGGUUAACUCUGGAAGCAAUGAAAGACGAAGACGGUCCGAACUAUAUCCUGCACGAGUACCACACGUACUGUACCAGCAUGCCGAUGUUCUUGUCCGUGCAUUGCUACUGA